GCAUUGCUCAUUUAAGAUGUUCUAUUUGAAUACAGAAUAUCAUCUUUCUAAAGGAAUUUCAUCUGGAUUUAAAAUGUAAAACAAAUAGACAAUCUAAAACAAAUUGACAAUCUGGAGCUUCUGUCGGUCCGCGUACCAAAAUGAUGUCAAUGUAUCAUCAAAUGGAAUAUUUGUGUUUGAUUUAUUUGAGAUCGUAACGUUGGAUAUAGCCUUGGUCGGUUAUUUCGCAAGACUGGUGUGCCAUAUAUAUAUAUAUAUAUAUAUAUAUAUAUUUUAAAGUUGACCAACGGACUGGACAGCAAAAGGAGCCGCAUCUAUACCGAAACCAUCAGAAUACAUUUUCUGCGCUAACGCAGAGGAGAUGGGCAGGAGAGGCGGCGAGCACUGCUGUCGGCUUGCGGGAGAAGAGAAGAGCCGUUUGGGUUUGCAUGGAUUUGGAUUCUAAGGUCCCCAUCCAUCGGUUCAGACCUCAGAAUAACGUCUUCUUCGCCGCUGACAGCUUGACGGUUGGUCUAUCUAUCUGCCUGGCGGAACGGGCUAACUGCAAAAGGACGGGAGGAAAAGAAGAGCGAGCCAUCACUUCUCCGGUUUGAUCGAUCGGUCGGAAGCAGAACGGGCUUGGGGACCAGUUUGAGUGUGCGUGAGGAAACCGAUAUCGCCUCUGGGGCAUUCUUUCAACGGCAGGAGGCUAGGAGGCUACAGCACGUUUGACUGAGGAGGAGGAGGUGCUGAUACAAACAAUAUAAACCUUUACAGCUGACCAAAUAGAUACCUCGGAGUCAAAAAAGGGGGUCGAUAGGAAAAGAGGCAUUACGCAGUGUCGACCAAAACACUUCAGGAUACAAGUACAGGUGUUGUGAGGUACAAGCCACAGCCCAGUGCUGGAUCCCAGAGGGCCAUUCAGUGUGGUAAGGACCCCCAGGACCCCCGAGGGUGGAUGGAUCGCUUCAGGCUGAGGCUGACGAGGCCGGGGCCGGAGAUCAGGACGGGGUCGUCCUCCUCCUCCUACCAAGCCUGCCUCUGGUUGGGCCUGCUCUCUGUGGCCGCAGCCUUCAAGUGCGCAGAGGGCACCCGCACCACCCCCAGCCCCGCCACCACAGACUCCCACAAUGCCACCUGCUCCGAGGGCACGUCCAGGUGCAAGCCAGGAAUCGUCCUGCCCAUCUGGUACCCUGAGGACCCCUCCAUGGGGGAUAAGAUGGCCCGAGUCAUCGUCUACUUUGUAGCUAUGAUCUACAUGUUCCUGGGAGUGUCCAUCAUAGCAGACCGCUUCAUGGCGGCCAUCGAGGUCAUCACCUCCCAGGAGAAGGAGAUUAUUAUUAAGAGAGCCAACGGAGAGACCACCACCGCUACCAUCAGAAUCUGGAACGAGACGGUCUCCAACCUGACCCUCAUGGCCCUGGGUUCUAGUACCCCUGAGAUCCUGCUGUCUGUCAUCGAAGUCUGUGGACACGACUUCGUAGCUGGCGAGCUGGGGCCGUCUACGAUCGUCGGCAGCGCUGCCUUCAACAUGUUCGUGAUCAUCGGCCUGUGUGUGUCUGUGAUCCCCGAGGGAGAGACGAGGAAGGUGAAACAUCUUAGAGUGUUCUUUGUGACGGCGGCGUGGAGUAUCUUCGCCUACAUCUGGCUCUACAUGAUCCUGGCGGUGUUCAGUCCCAACGUGGUCCAGAUAUGGGAGGGGCUGCUAACCCUGGCCUUCUUCCCCAUCUGUGUCAUCCUGGCCUGGGUAGCCGACCGACGACUCCUCUUCUACAAGUUCAUGCACAAGAAGUACCGCGCUGACAACCACCGCGGCGUCAUCAUCGAGACCGAGCACGAGCGUUCCAAGAGCAUCGAGAUGAUGGACGGCGGCGGCAAGAUGGUCAACUCCCACUUCGCCCACGACGGAGGCGUCGCCCAUAACCUCAUCAGCCUGAUCGAGGGGAAAGAAGUGGACGAGUCUCGGCGGGAUAUGAUCCGGAUCCUGAAGGACCUGAAGCAGAAACACCCAGAGAAGGAGAUGGACCAGCUGGUAGAGAUGGCUAACUACUACGCCUUGUCUCACCAGCAGAAGAGCCGAGCCUUCUACCGCAUCCAGGCCACGCGCAUGAUGACGGGUGCUGGGAACAUCCUGAAGAAGCACGUGGCAGAGCAGACCAAGAGGAGCGCCAGCGUACAGGAAGUGUGUGUGGUGGGGGAGGAAGUCGAGGAGUACGUGUCACGGAUCGCCUUCGAACCCGCCGUGUACCAGUGCCUGGAGAACUGUGGCGCCGCCCUGCUGGCCAUCUUCAGGAAGGGCGGCGACAUGGCCAAUACCAUCUACGUGGAUUACAAGACGGAGGACGGCUCAGCCAACGCCGGCGCAGACUACGAGUUCACAGAGGGAACCGUGGUGUUCAAACCCGGCGAGAUUGUCAAGGAGAUCAGCAUCGGAAUCAUCGACGACGACAUCUUUGAGGAGGACGAGCACUUCUUUGUGCGUCUCAGCAACGUGCGUGUCCUGGAGUCAGACGAGGAUGAGACACUACUGUCCCCCAACUCUCUCCCGUACCCUAAGGCCCUGCUGGGGUUCCCGUCCGUCGCCACAGUUACCAUCCUGGACGACGACCACGCCGGGAUAUUCACCUUUGAGAGCGACACGUGUCAGGUGAGCGAGAGCGUGGGCGUGAUGGAGGUGAAGGUGCUGAGGACUUCGGGGGCGAGGGGGACAGUCAUCGUCCCCUAUCGUACCAUGGAGGGGAUCGCCAAGGGAGGAGGGGAGGACUUUGAGGACACCUACGGAGAACUGGAGUUCAGGAACGACGAGACUUGCAAAACAUUUCAUGUGAAAGUGAUAGAUGAUGAGGAGUAUGAGAAAAACAAGAACUUCUUCCUGGAGCUGGCCGAGCCUCGCAUGGUAGACAUGAGCCUGCAGAAAGCACUGUUACUGGCUGAAGAUGUCCCUAAGUUCUCGUCAGAGGAAGAGGAAGCUAAGCGGAUCGCAGAGAUGGGGAAGCCAGUGCUGGGGGAACACUCCAAACUGGAGGUCAUCAUCGAGGAGUCCUACGAGUUCAAGAACACAGUGGACAAGCUGAUCAAGAAGACGAACCUGGCUCUGGUGGUGGGCACCAACUCCUGGAGACAACAGUUCAUGGAGGCUAUCACAGUCAGUGCAGGAGACGAGGAUGAGGAAGACUCUGGUGAAGAGCGUCUCCCGUCAUGUUUCGACUACGUCAUGCACUUCCUCACCGUCUUCUGGAAGGUGCUGUUCGCCUGUGUUCCUCCCACGGACUACCUGAACGGCUGGGCCUGCUUCUUCAUCUCCAUCGUCAUCAUCGGCAUGCUGACCGCAGUGAUCGGCGAUCUGGCCUCUCACUUUGGCUGCACCAUCGGGCUGAAGGACUCUGUUACUGCCGUGGUGUUCGUGGCGCUGGGUACAUCUGUCCCUGACACAUUUGCCAGUAAGGUAGCGGCGGUGCAGGACACAUAUGCAGACGCCUCCAUCGGUAACGUGACGGGCAGCAACGCGGUCAACGUGUUCCUGGGCAUCGGGGUGGCGUGGUCGAUAGCCGCCAUCUACUGGCACAUGCAAGGCAAGCAGUUUGUGGUGGAGGCCGGCUCGCUGGCCUUCUCCGUCACCCUCUACACCAUCUUCGCCUUCCUGGGGGUCUCCGUGCUGCUGUACCGCCGCCGGGCCCACAUCGGGGGGGAGCUGGGCGGGCCGCGCGGCCACAGACUGGCCACCUCAGCCUUCUUCUUCAGUCUCUGGUUCCUCUACAUCCUCUUCUCCAGCAUGGAGGCCUAUUGUCAUAUAGAGGGCUUCUAGAACACUUCUGAAACACUUCUGGAACACUUCUAGAACCCUUCUGAAAGGCUUCUGGAGCAUUCUAGAGCCUCCUUUCAGGCUCCUUCCAGGAGGUUCAAAGUAGAACUUUAAGAAGUAAAAGUGGGAAUGAUGUGGGAGGAUGGUUUGUCAGUAUAACGGGAUGAGAAGAGGAGAAGAAUAGGAAGUGAAGGGGGUUUGUGGUGGUAAUAACUCCCUCUCCUCCACCCUCCCUCAACCCCCCCUCUAAGGACUCCCAGAUGUGGUCAGUCUAUCUAUCGUUGUUAAGGCAUUGAGAGCCGGUCUGUUACCCACGUAGGAGUGCUUACAGCUGGGAUUGGGGAACUGUCAUACUGGGGUGAGAGCAUCAGGAGUGGGUCUCAUCUGGUCUGAUUUGUAUUCCACUAGAAGAGACAUCAACUGGUCUUAAAACUGGAGAGAUCUGAGCUACCAUUAGAAGUCUAUAUUUUUCUCAAACACCUUGAUGAGAACAACUUUUUUUUUACACAACAAACAAAAUGACACACAAAAAAAGACAAAUCAAAGAUGCUAUUUUCUGAUCUUACAUUGUGGAGAACAAAAAAGAUGAUAUUGUUUAAUGGAUAUUAUGUUGUUGAUGAUGAGUGACAAUUGAAUGGACUCAUAGUAUUUAGUUUCUUAUUUUUAAGAAACGAAUACAGCGGCAGAGAUCUCAGAGGCAAAGAGGAGGAACAACGGGAAAAAACGAAGUAACAAAAACGAAGUAACAAAAACGAAGUAACGACAGAUGAAAAACGAAGUAACGACAGAUGAAAAACGAAGUAACAAAACAAACUAACGACAGAUCAACGAUCAAACUAAAGACGGAAGGAAAAGAACAAGAAGAAGGAAAACAAGGAUUAUUAAACUGCCUUGAACAUCACUUCAUUACUCUCUCUCUCUCUAUAUAUAUAUAUAUAAUAAUAAUAAUAUAAUAUAUAUAGAGACAUAUUUUAUGUGUAUUUUUUAUAUUUGUUUCCAAUGUUGUCACAUUUGGCUUCUUCAGUCCUAUAGAGGACCGCUGUGGUUUGGUUUGGUUUGAGGGGGUCGUAUCCUGGGAAAAGGAAACCCAUGUCUCAAAUGGCACCCUGCAGAGAGAAAUACUUUUUCCCAGGGCUCAUAUAGCUCUGGUGCACUACAUAGGGAAUAGGGCUCUGGUCAACGGUAGUGCACUACAUAGGGAAUAGGGCUCUGGUCAACGGUAGUGCACUACAUAGGGAAUAGGUUGCCAUUUGAGAUGUACCCCGAUGUCGUCUUCAUGUUGUUUUCUAAAUAUCUAUUACAUCUUACCUAAUGAAUUUAAAGAAACAUUGUAUUUUAAUUUAUUAUUAAUAUAAAUAUAUUGCUCUCACAAAGUUUUCACAUUUUAUUAAAUCAACAACAACAACAACAACAACAACAACAACAACCCCCCCCCCCCCCUCCCCCAAAAAUA